ACCUCUCCACCUCUCUCGCUCGCCAUCCCGCAUCUCCCUGCUGCCUCAUCUCGUCGCGCAUCGCCUCUCUCUUCCCGUACCUUUGCACCUCCCACACGGCCCAGCAUGGCCGGCCUCGGGCAGACAUGGUCGUCGCAGCCGUACCUCGACCACGUCUCGGCACCAGCGCAGCUCGACGCCUUUGACCUGGCUCGUCAGCACACGCAACAGCCAAUCGUCACGGGCACGUCGAUCCUCGGCGUGCGCUUCAGCGGCGGCGUCAUGCUCGCCAGCGACACGCUGGCGUCGUACGGCAGCCUGGCGCGCUUCAUGGACGUGCGCCGCCUGCGCGAGGUCGAGGAGAGCAACGCCAUCAUCGGCGCGAGCGGCGACAUGGCCGACUUUCAGUACCUCAUGCACCAGAUCGACAAGGUCGGCAUCCGCGAGUCGACGUCUGGCGAUGCGCACGCCCUCUCGCCCUCGCAGCUGUACGCCUACCUGACGCGCGUCAUGUACGCGCGGCGCUCCAAGGUGGACCCGCUGUGGAACUCGCUCGUCAUCGGCGGCGUCGACCGGCGCUCGGGCGUGCCGUUCCUCGGCUACGUCGAUCUGCUCGGCGUCACGUACGAGAGCGCCACGAUUGCCACGGGCUUCGGCAUGCACCUCGCGCAGCCGCUCUUGCGAAAGGCGGUCGAGGGACGAGAGGAGACGCUGAGCCAACAAGAGGCAGAGGAGAUUCUGAAGGAGGCCAUGAAGGUGCUGUUCUACCGCGAUGCGCGCUCGAUCAACCGCUUCCAAAUCGCCACCGUCACAAAGGAGGGCACGCACAUCUCGGAGCCGCAGAGCGUGCAGACGCAGUGGGGCUUUGCCGAGGGCCUGCGCGGGUAUGGUCCGCAGGUGCAGUAGGGGAGAGGGCG